CUAUACAUGCUUCUACUGACCCCAUAAGACCAAUAUUUAGUUAGACCAAGUUGUUGUAUUUUAACAUGUUUGUGGAAGAGUAAGACCAACUAGGUCCAAGAUUUUAUAAGAGGCUAGUUUUGAACCUAUUGUUUAUUUUCAAGGUGAAGAAAAAUGAUCCAUGAUGGUGAGAAUGGAAAUGAGAAAAUAGAUUAUUAUGAUAUGGAGGAGAAAAUAGAUUAUGUGUUUAAGGUGAUUGUAAUUGGGGAUUCAGCAGUAGGAAAGACACAAAUACUGUCAAGGUUUUCAAAGAAUGAGUUCUGUUUUGACUCUAAGUCAACUAUUGGAGUUGAAUUUCAAACUAGGACUGUUAUUAUUAAUGGUAAAGUUAUCAAAGCUCAGAUCUGGGAUACUGCUGGCCAAGAAAGGUACAGGGCAGUAACAAGUGCAUACUACAGAGGAGCAUUAGGGGCCAUGUUAGUGUAUGACAUAACAAAAAGACAAUCAUUUGAUCAUGUUGCUAAAUGGGUUGAGGAACUAAGAUCACAUUCAGAUAACACCAUUGUGAUCAUGCUAGUUGGUAACAAAGGUGACCUUGUUGACUUGAGAGUUGUUCCUACUGAAGAUGCAAUUGAGUUUGCUGAUGAACAAGGACUAUUCUUUUAUGAGACUUCAGCUCUCACUGGUGAGAAUGUUGAGACUGCAUUUAUCAAAUUGUUUGAAGAGAUUAAUAGGGUGGUUUGUAAGAAGGCAUUGGAAUGUGGUAAUGGUUACUAUGAUGCUGCUUCUACAAUUAAAGGUUCAAAGAUUGAUGUAAUCUCAGGUGCUGAAUUAGAAAUUACUGAGAUCAAGAAAUUGUCUUCUUGCUCUUGUUAAUUAAUUUUGCUAAUUAUUAAGAUCAAGUUAUAUAUUGUAUUUGAUUUGAAGGUUGGAAAGAAAAUCAAGCAGAGUAAAAAAUAUCAGAUACAUCAAUUUUUUAGAUAUUUAUUUUUCAUUCUAAAUGGAGUAUAUGUGUGUGCAUAUAAUGAUUGGUGAGAAUUAAUUGAUUUCA